AUCUUGUUUUCUCUUUCUUGUAAAGAGAAAAGAGAGGCCAUUUCUUGAUUUCGUUUCUGCUACUUCCAUGGUGCUGGUGCAUGGCCUUGAUGAGAAUUGAUCUUGGUGAAUUACCUCUUGGAUUAUAGAUGGAUAGCUUGUAUCAUCAGUAGAUAGAAAAAGCUCAAUCCCUGUUAUUUACAUAAUUAUUCCUUCAUCGUGUCUUGCUUGAUUGCUUCAAAUUGGACUCCUUCUGGGUUACUGGAUCCCACAAAGCAGUUUGCUCAGCUGGUUCUGCAAGGGAACUAAUAAUUUUGCACGAUCCCCAUUCGAGUUGAAUGAGGAUCUUUCCGAGAUGAGUGGAUGACAUGGCGAUGAUGGAAUAAUAGUAUGCACAGCAACGAUUGACUUGUGGCUUCUUGGAGCUGCACAAGGAAACGCAACAGCAAAUGGCAUAGCAUCUUCACUUCUUCCUGUUCUCAUUUUGCCCCGUUGUCGAUUUUUUCUCUCAGUGCUUCUCCAGUUAAAAUUUCCUGAAAACAAUACAUUCUCACACGCGUCUGGCAGUGGUAGGAUGGCAAAGCUGAAGGCAUUGUUACAGAAAAGGGAAAAUCGCAUUUGCGCUGACUGCGGCGCACCUGAUCCCAAAUGGGCAUCAGCUAACAUUGGGGUAUUCAUAUGCGUAAAAUGUUCUGGCGUUCACAGAAGCCUUGGCACACAUAUCUCACAGGUCAUGUCAGUGACACUAGAUAAGUGGACUGACGAUGAUAUUAACUUCAUGAUAGAAGUUGGUGGAAACUCGCAAGCCAAUGCAAUCUACGAGGCCUUUCUCCCAAAGGGCUACUGCAAGCCACAUCCAGAUUCUGCCCACGAAGAGCGACAGAAUUUCAUCAAGUCAAAAUAUGAGCUCCAGGAAUUUCUGCAGCCCAGCCUACGGAUCGUCUCUAAUUAUUCUAGUGAUGUCGGAAAACAAGCAGCCAGCACCCCACAUUCUGGUAGCUCCAAAAGUGAGAUUGGAAUGGUUGAGUUCAUCGGAAUACUAAAUGUCAAAGUUAUUGGAGGUACCAAAUUAGCUGUCAGGGAUAUGUAUAGCAGCGAUCCUUAUGUAGUCUUGACCCUCGGACAGCAGAAAGCGCAGACUUCAGUGAUCAAAAGAAACCUGAAUCCUGUCUGGAAUGAAGAACUCAAGCUCUCUGUUCCUCAGCAAUACGGACCUCUGAAACUGCAAGUGCUGGAUCAUGACAUGGUAUCCAAGGACGACGUGAUGGGGGAGGCCGAGAUCGACCUGCAGCCCAUGAUUAACGCGGCAGCAGCAUACGGUGAUCCAGAACACCUCGGCGACAUGCAGAUCGGCCGGUGGCUCAAGUCAGCUGACAACGCUCUCACCACCGACAGCGCUGUCAUGAUAACAGGGGGAAAGGUGAAGCAGGAGGUCUCCUUGAAACUGCAGCGCACUGAGUCAGGGGAGGUGACGCUGUCCAUGCAAUGGAUAGCUCUAAACAUGUAAGAUCCGGAUAAAUACGGCAAACUUGUGAAGGCCGUUUCAUUGGUAAAUAUGCUUAUAGAGACUGUAUUGUGCUGCAAAGGGGGGAGUUUUUUUCCGGUUGAAUAUCUUUUUGUGAAAACAAAUAGAUGGAAACAAUAAUAAGCAUAAUAUGGUUGUAAAUUUUCAUCAGCAAUUGGAGUAAGGCCAUCAGAUCAUGAACUCUGCACUUGCAAUCA